CGUUAUUUUGAAAUUUCAGCGGUGAAGCGCUUGUUGUUGUGUGUCACCGGGAGCUGCGCUGCAGCCUUGUCGAUACGGCUUAAAAUUCAAAGUUAGUUACAUACACCGGCUUAGAAAUGUCUUUUUCAAGAGCACCCUUGAAAAGGUUCAAUGAGCACGUAGGUUGUGCCCCUCCACCGGGCUCCUAUGAAAUUAAACCUGGGGACCUGAAGGGAGCCGCGUCCUUCGACAAAUCCGAUCGAUUCAGACCAAUUAAAGCAGCCGCUGGGGCUCCUCUGCCACCACCAUCGCCUUCCAGAAAUAUGCUGGUGUCACCUGUCCGUAGGACUUUGUCUGUUGAUGGUCUUGUUGAAGGAUCAAGCGUAAAGAAAGAGAAGAAUGGCAUGACCUUGGAGAGGAAACAGCAGAAACUCUUAGAGAAGGAGAUAAGGUCCCUGGUUCAGCAGCGAGGGGAGCAGGACCGUCGGUUGCUAGCCCUGGAAGAGGAACUGAAGAAGGUGGAGGCCAAGCUGCUGGCUGCGGUCAGGGAGAAGACAGGCCUUGCUGCCAGUGUUACCACACUUGAAAGGCAGCGGGCUGAGCUCAAGAAAGUCAACGAGUUCCUUAAAAACAAGGUUUCUGCUGACACUACAAAAAAGAGAAUCAAUUCACUAACAAUGGAACUGAUGGAGGCCAGGAACACUUUGGAUGUUAAAAACAAGGAGUUAAGUGUCCUUCAGAUGGACACCGAAGGCCAGCUGAAGGUGCUAGAAACUGACCUCCAAGCUGCCAGGGCUACUGUCACAGCUCUAAAGGACAGGAACAAAGACUUGGAGGACCUCCAUCAAGUCACAAAAGUUCAGAACGAAGAGCUGGAGAAUGAGAAUGCCAGGUUACAUGCUGUGAUACGGGAACUGAGAGAGGAGAUCAGAGCCUUGCAAGGAUACCUGGACACAGCCAAUGACCAGAUACAGGAUCUCCGCUUGAAGCUUCAAGAAAAGACACAGGAGAUCACUGUUGCAGGUUCUCAGCAGGAGACAGUAAUGCAACUAGAAACCAAACUAGAGCAGUGCACAGCUGAGCUAGAAACCAUUCAAGAUCUGCUGAGACAUAAAGAGGAAGAGGAACAGAAAUUCCAGCAGGAGCUGCAGGUGUCAAAGGAUGCUCUGUGCAAAGCGCAGAAGAGGUUGGAGAUCCAAGAGCUGGAGCUGAAGUCUGGACAAAAGUCAGUGAAUGACAUGGAGGAACAACUGAAGCUGGCCAAGCAGGAAGUUCAUGACUCUCAAGCAACAGUUCGGCAGCAGGAGGCGGAGCUUGCCAGGCUAAGGGAGGUGCUCAGACGGACAGAGAAGGAGCUGGAUGAGAGAGUGGCACAUCUUGAACAGCGCUGUCUUUUCUCUGAGGAAGAGAGAAGCAAGACACAGGAAGAGGGGCUGAGGAGAGUGCAGGAGUUAAAGACAGAGGUCAACUUGCUGAAGGAGGUUAAAAGAGAAGAGAAAAAGAGACAUAUUCAGUUCCAGCAAGAACACGCUGCUCUUACUGAGGAACUAACAAAAGAAAAGGCACUUGUAGACUCCCUGUCUGUGCUUGUGGAGCAGGAGAGGGAGGAAUCCGAGGAGCGGUUGAGACAGUUGAAGGAGGAGAUGGAGGAAGUGCUGGGAGAGCUCGCUGUCAUGGAGGAGCAGGAUCAGAGGAGGCUGGAGGAGGCGGAGAAGAGUCAGGAGGCCCUCCAGCGGCUCCAGGAGGAAAACAGUGAGCUGGAGAGACAACUGAGUGAUACCAGAGCGCUGCUGGAGAGUGAGAGCAGUGAUGUGGCAGCCUUGAAAGAAGAGCAUUUAGCAGCCAUGAGAGAACUCCAAGAAGCACACACAAACUCACUGAGCAAGAUGGGAGACAUUGUCACAGAGCUGGAGAGCACUAAAAAGGCUCUGAAGGGAGCGGAGGAGAGACGGAAAGAGCUGGAGGAGGAGGUGGAGAGAGUGACCCAGCAGAUGAAGGAGGAAAUGGACAAAGUGGUUAAACAGAAAGAGGAGGAGAUCAAGAGAGCGAAGGAGGGCUUAGAGGAGUACCAGGAGAGACAGUUAGCUGAAGCAAAAGCCAGGGAGGAGAAUGCAAGAAUGUUGCUGGAGGUGCAGACUUGCCUUGCACAGAAAGAUGAGGAGAUGAAGGCCAUGGAGGCAAACCACACUGGCCUGAUUAGUCAGCUACAGCAGGAGCUACAGCUACUGACAAAGGAGAAAGAAGAGGCUGUGGGGCAACUAGAGGAACAGAGAGGUCAGAGUGUUACUCAGCUCCAAAAUGAGAAAGAAAAGGCACAGAAACUACUAGAGGAGGUCAAACUGGAAAAAGGGGAAGCAUUGGAACAACUCCAACAAGAAAGACAAGAGAGAGUUAAACUUCAGGCAGUCCUUCAAGAGGAAAGGGGAGCACUGGAGGUUGAAAGAAAAGACCAUCAAGAGGUCAGGUCAGAAGUGCUCAGACUACAGGCCGAGCUCGAAAGAGUAGAAGAGGAAAAGAAGAAUCUUCUAUCUCAGGUAGAACGCAAAGAUCAGUCUAAGCUAUCUCUUGAAAAUCAAGCAAACAUGGCAGAGCAGGACAGAAAUCGGCUUCAGUCUCAUCUAGAUGAUGUUGAACAAGAGUGUGUAAGCCUCCAGGGCCAAUUAGACCUUAUGGAGGAGAAAACACAGGCCUUGCAGCGUGAGCUGGCUGAACAACGACAAGACAGAUGGGUUCUGCAGGAGCAGGUAGAAGUAUUGACUCAGGAGAAGGUUACACUGCAGUGGGAGAUGGAGGAGCAGCGACAGGAACUCCAAAGACAAAUAACAGAAGCACAAGAGAAGAGCUCCCCAAGUUCAGAGAUAGAACACUGGAAGACACAAUAUGAGGAACUGUUUGCUAAAGUCAGGCCCUUCCAGGAACAGCUCAAUGCAUUUGCAGCAGAGCGAAAUGCACUGCUCAAUGAGAAUGGGGCAAACCAGGAGGAGUUAAAUAAGCUGGCUGACGCGUAUGCUCGCCUGCUGGGCCACCAAAACCAGAAGCAGAAGAUCAAGCACGUGAUGAAACUAAAAGAUGAGAACAUCUCCCUGAAACAGGAGGUGUCUAAGCUUCGCUCCCAGGUGAGCCGGCAGAAGAGUGAUCUGGAGCAGCUGAAGUCAAAGCUCCCCGGUGCUCCUCGCCGCAGAUUCGAUCCCAGCAAAGCUUUCCAACACGACAAGGAGAACAGGCAAACCGAAGCAACAGAACCUCUUAAACAAGGGAAUCAUUACAUGUAAUGGAGCUCCUCUAUUAAACCAGAACUGACAACUAAA